UCGACACAGACGCUCAUCACAGCACGGAGGUUGCUAUGGCGACGUGUUUCACAUUAUCUCUGAUGUUUCUGCUCAUGACUGCUGAUGUUGAUGGUCAGCGGGAUUGGGCAGUGAAUUACAAUCCUUCAUAUGUUUGUGCAUUAAGAGGCUCAACAGUGAGAAUGUCCUGUAUUUAUCCUCCUGGUUAUUGGGUCACAUCAUCAUACUGGUCCAAAACAACACAUCAACCUUAUUCAAUGUCACCAAACCUGUGUUCUGACACAUAUUACAGAGAAAAGGUUCAGUGUCAUAAAGAAAAUACAGAGACUUACAGCAUCACUUUAACACAUGUGACAGAAGCUGAUAAACACGUCUACUACUGCAUAUUCACAAGUGGAUUAUACAGUGAAGAAUUGAGAGGGACUCCUGGAGUUCAGCUUGAUGUCACAGACCUCCAGGUGGAGACACAACAGAGAGUGAAAGAGAGAGAUUCAGUCACUCUUACAUGUAAAACCACCUGCAGACUGACUGAAGAAACAACAUUCAUCUGGUCCAGAAACACACAGAUAUUAACUGAACACACAGUGAAUGAGUUUCAUCUGCAGUCAGUCAGUCGUCAUGAUUCAGGACUCUAUAGAUGUGCUAUAAGAGGACAUGAACAUCUGUCCUCUCCUGGUGUUCAUCUCAGUGUAGAAUAUCCUCCAAAGAAAACCUCAGUGUCCAUCAGUUCUUCUGGUGUAAUAGUGGAGGGUGAUUCAGUGAAUCUGACCUGCAGCAGUGAAUCAAAUCCACCUGUUCACAUCUACAACUGGUUUAAAGGACAUAAGUUUGUAGGAUCUGGUAACAUCUACAGAAUCUCAAACAUCAGAUCAGAUCACAGCGGAGAAUACAAGUGCAAGACCAAAAAUAAUCAUGGAGUGAAAUAUUCAGAAGCUGUGAUGCUGAAUGUGAUGUAUGCACCAAGAAAUGUUGUGGCAUCCAUCAGUUCUUCUGGUGUAAUAGUGGAGGGUGAUUCAGUGACUCUGACCUGCAGCAGUGAAUCAAAUCCACCUGUUCACAACUACAACUGGUUUAAAGGAAGAACAUUUGUAGGAUCUGGUAACAUCUACAGAAUCUCAAACAUCAGAUCAGAUCACAGCGGAGAAUACAAGUGCAAGACCAAAAAUAAUCAUGGAGUGAAAUAUUCAGAAGCUGUGAUGCUGAAUGUGAUGUAUGCACCAAGAAAUGUUGUGGCAUCCAUCAGUUCUUCUGGUGUAAUAGUGGAGGGUGAUUCAGUGACUCUGACCUGCAGCAGUGAAUCAAAUCCACCUGUUCACAACUACAACUGGUUUAAAGGAAGAACAUUUGUAGGAUCUGGAAACAUCUACAGAAUCUCAAACAUCAGAUCAGAUCACAGCGGAGAAUACAAGUGCAAGACCAAAAAUAAUCAUGGAGUGAAAUAUUCAGAAGCUGUGAUAAUGGAUGUGAUGUACCCACCAAGGAAUGUCUCAGUGUCCAUCAGUUCUUCUGGUGUAAUAGUGGAGGGUGAUUCAGUGAAUCUGACCUGCAGCAGUGAAUCAAAUCCACCUGUUCUCAUCUACAGCUGGUUUGAAGAGAAUCAAACAUCAUCUGUUGGAUCUGGACAGACGUACACCAUCACUAACUUUAGCUCCAGUCUCAGUGGAUGGUUUUACUGUGUGGCUCAGAAUAAACAUGGAUCUCAGAGAUCAGCUGCUGUAUCACUCACUGAUAAAGGAGUUCAUGGUUCUGCUCUGUACACAUUUUCUGGGAUUGUGGCAGGAUGUGGAGGAUUGUUCUUCAUCAUCAUUAUCAUCAUCUCAAUCUUUUUAUUUAAAUGGAUGAAGAGGAGAGACGGUGGAUUUGAGGUUAACAGGCAAAAUCAGGCAAGUCAUCAAAUACACACCAGAGUUAAAGUGUGUUUCAAGAGGAAUAUGUUGGUUUAAGUCAGUAAAUCACAACACAAGCUGCACAACUCAAUCCUGUAAAAGUUCUUCUGCUGUCAUGGAUCCAAAGUAGUAAGUCAAUCAUCACUUCCCCUUACUUGCUUCAUUUAAUGUGAUUGUUUUAUUUAUUUUAACACUUCAGGACAAUCACUUAAGUGGAUCAGCAGGAGCAGCUUCAGCCAAUGAUGUUCCACUUUAUUCACUAGUAUCAUCACCCAAUCAGAGAGAAGUCUCAGUGUCUGCUGAUGCUGAUGAUGUUCAAUAUGCCAGUGUCCAAUACAUCAGAAAGAAAGAGAGGGUAAAUAAGAAGAA